AUGGGCGGAGGCGUCGCGGCGAAGGGUCGCCGCGCUGCGGUGUUCUGCUGCGCCGCGUCGCUGGUGAAGGACGACGGGCGGCCGGUCAUCAUCAUCGACAACUACGACAGCUUCACGUACAACCUCUCCCAGUACCUCGGCGACCUCGGGCAGGACCACGUCGUGUUCAAGAACGACGAGAAGACCGUGGAGGAGAUCCGCGCCAUGAACCCCAAGGGCAUCAUGGUCUCCCCCGGACCGGGGCGGCCGGAGGACAGCGGCAUCUCGCUCGAGGCGUGCGAGAAACUCGGUCCAGAGUUUGGAGUCUUCGGCGUGUGCAUGGGUCACCAGUGCAUCGGGCAGGUUUUCGGCGGCACCAUCGUCAGGGCGCCGUGCGGUCUGAUGCACGGCAAAUCGUCCCCGGUGUGGCACACCGAGGACGCGGCGACGAUGCUCGCCGGGCUCCCGUCGCCCUUCCAGGCGGCGCGGUAUCACUCCCUCGUCAUCUCGAGAGACGACUUCCCGGAUGACGAGCUGGAGGUCACCGCGUGGACGGAGGACGAGACGAUCAUGGCGGUGCGGCACAGGCGGUACCCGAAGAUCCAGGGCGUGCAGUUUCACCCGGAGAGCAUCAUCACCGAGAACGGGCUGACGAUCAUUCGGAACUGGGUGGCGCUCAUCAACGCGUGA